AUGAACUUACGCGCGAUUGCCAUUACUGCUGGCAUGUUAGCCAGCGUUUCAUUGGGGAGCGCUGAUUUACCAAAUAAUAAUGAUUUGCCAACCGGCUCUAAGUAUAUGAAGUUAGAUGUGGAGAAGUGGUGGGGUGACAGCUUUGCUUCUGCUCGCAGGAAAUUACCCAAUAAGUUUAUUGAACUUGAAAAACGUGACAAUGACUAUGUUUCAGUCGAGAUAAAUAAUAAGCAAACAUACUAUUCCGUUGAUUUACACAUAGGUACUCCUCCGCAGCAAGUAACUGUGUUAGUGGACACUGGUUCAGGUGAUUUAUGGGUAGUGGGCGCAGGUGUUUACUGUGGACCCAAUUAUUCUCCAACAUCCUUGGAUUGUAUGGGAAUGGGGGCAUUUAAUACUAGUUCUUCAUCUUCUUGGAAAGGGAAUAAUACGGAAUUUAGUAUAUCAUACGCAGAUGCUACUUAUGCAUCCGGUGAGUGGGGUGUUGAUACGUUGAGAUUUGGCGAUUUGCAUGUUGACGGCUUAACAUUUGCUGUCGCUAAUGCGACCAACUCAUCUACCGCGGUGCUGGGGAUUGGUCUGCCGGGCAUUGAAUCCACAAACCUGAAUUCUCGUAGUCUGUCUGACGGAUAUACCUAUGACAACCUGCCUGUCAUGCUAAAACGCGAUGGUGUUAUUGCAAAAAACGCUUACUCUUUAUUCACGAACCAAUUAACUGCGGAUUCAGGCUCAGUCCUCUUUGGUGGUGUGGAUCAUAAAAAAUACAGCGGGCAGCUGCUUACAUUGCCCAUAGUUAAUACAUACCCCGGACUUCCUGCGCCAGUUGAGUUAGCUAUAGCUCUAGAUGGAAUUGGAUAUAGCACCGACCGAAGCAGACAAACUAUAGUGAGUACAUCAUUCGCAGCUUUACUGGAUUCUGGUACCACUUUCUCAUACUUUCCAGUCAGAGUUGCUGAGGUUUUGGCUGAUGCGGUUGGCGCAAGAUGGAGUUCACGCGCUGGGGCAUUUCUCGGACGCUGUACUCCUGAGAGCAAUAGUGCUGCAUUUGACUUCAAUUUCGGAGGUGCCCGAAUUAGCGUCCCAAUAUCAAAUUUCAUCCUACAAACUCGUCAGCCUGGCCUCUGUGCAUUCUCCUUCUUCCCUCACUCACGAAGUAUUAUUAUUUUAGGCGAUGUCUUUUUGUCUAGCGCGUAUGUUGUCUACGACCUCGAAAACUAUGAAAUUUCCCUGGCUCAAGCAACAUACGACUCUAGUGAAGAGAUUGAGCCUAUAAUAUCUACUGUUCCUAGAGCAGUUCGUGCUUCUGGUUAUAGUGCGACGUUGAGGCCAGGAGCUACACCUGCGGGCGGUGGUGACGUAUACGGUUCAGACGAAAGCACUGGUGUAAGCACACGAAGUCGGAGCGAAGGCAUUUUUGUGAAUGGUGGACAAAUUCUAGGUUCUUGCACAUCCAUUGCCUUCAGUAUUAUUGGAUUAUUGUCCGUCAUAAUUUAA